AUGUGGUCUCUAAUAGAUUACAUCCUCCAACUAACGCCAUAUUCCGAAUUAUCUGGCCGACUGCAUCCUGCGGCGUCAGUAGUCGUUACGUUUGUACUAUUGGUUGUAGGAUACAUCAUUGGUAGUUCUAUAACGAAUAAAUUGUUUGGAAAAGAUAAUUUUCCUGUGAAAGACAAGCAUGUUUUCAUUGCGGGGGGUAGUCAAGGGCUCGGAAAGGCACUGGCGAUUUUAUUAGCCAAGAAGGGCGCACAUGUUACCAUUGUAGCUAGGAACAAACAAGCACUUGAUGCUGCAAUCGAUGAAAUACAGGCAGAAAAGCUUUACCCUCACCAAACCAUAACCUCGGUUGCAGCGGAUGUGACAGAUCAUUCACAGGUUGUGCGUGCAUUUGACGAGGCAGCUGCUAAACAUGAUGGAAAGACACCCGAUUACCUUUUUUGUUGUACAGGUAAUGAUUACAGACCUAAUCUGAGACAUCUUAUGUUUGUCGUAGGUGCUGCUCGUCCUCGCCUUUUCCUUGAGCAUUCGAUUCAAGAGUUUGAGGAUGCAAUGAGACUGAACUACCUUGGAUCUCUUUCUGUUGCCCACGAGGGUGUAAAGCGUAUGGUUCAUCAUGGUGUGAAAGGGAAAGUUGUAUUUGUUAGUUCUACAUUGGGUUUUGUCGGAUUCAUUGGAUAUACAGAAUAUGCUCCUAGCAAAUGUGCAUUGAGAGGAUUAUCCGAAAGCCUCCGUAGUGAAUUGCUAUUGUAUGGUAUUGACGUUCAUUGCUUUUUCCCCGGGGCCAUUCGAUCACCUGGAUUUGAAACCGAGAACAAGACUAAGCCAGAGAUAACGAAACGAUUGGAAGGAGAAGACGAGGCCUCACCCCCCGACGUAAUCGCUAUGGCAUUAUAUAAAGGGUUGCGUAAAGGACAAUUUUUCAUAACGAGCGACCUAUUGACGGAUAUUCUGAGAGCAGGGACACAUGGAAUAACACCAACCAACAACGUUAUAGUUGACGUGUUGUUUGACUGCAUCUCAUGGAUUAUUGCGUUUCCGUAUAUAUGGUAUUUUGACUGGCAAGUGAGAUCCGCGGCAGACAAGCAUAUUAUUAAGACAGCUGAUGAUAAUAUUCAUUAA